AAAUAGUGAUACAUAAAACCAAGUCUUUAUAUAUCAAGCCCAGUGCAACUAGAGAAGAAACAAUGGAAGGCAUUUUUACUGCAUUUCUUGUUAUUGUUAAUGAAUGCUGUUUUAUUUAUUUAUUUAGCUUGCUAAUGUCUGCAUUGCUUUCAGAAAUCAUUGGGAGGGGAGGGGAGGAGGGCCCUCCCUGUUUCAUUGCAGAGCACCUAGCUAUUACAAAACACAUCUUCAAGCAUUCCAGGCUGUUUGCCACAUCCCAGACCAUUUGUCAGUAGUUGUCAUCCAGGCAUGGGCUGCUGUUAGAGAAAGCAGCUGGUGGACAGAUUCCUUCUAGAUUCUGAGACGUUCCAGGCUAAACAACAAGACAUGAUGCAUUACUGAUGCCCUGCUGUCCUUUGUGCAAUGCAUAUAUGGUAACUCCACACCCUUUGGCUGCUGAAAAACAUUCUUAACAAGGACUGUUCUCACAGUCUCUAUAGAAAGUUGUGCUCAAGAAAGGACGUCUAAUUUGUUGCUGCAAUUUGCCAGCGAUGAAUUGAAUUGAGAUUAUUGAAAACAUAUACAAAUUCCUAUGGUUUAAUAAGAGACUGGUUUUGAAAGACGCAGCAUGGCUCAGUGGCUUUGAAAAAUGAAGCGCUUGAGAUUCAGAGCCUUUGACUGUGACACACUUGGCUGCCAGCGGAUUAUGGAUUAUGGAUUAUGCUCCUGCUUCCAUGCUGGCUAUUAAACAUAGGGGACGACUUCUUGCACUGAUAUGGAAGGUGUAGCAGGCAGGGUUUUACAAUCCAUUCUCCUAGAAAAAAUUCCACGGCAACUCUUACGAUGCUGAAGUUUCGUUUUCUAAUAAUUUAUGUUCUUCUCUUUGAAAAGUCUUGGUAGAGCAAACCUCAUGAGCAGUUUAUUGUCUGUGUGCUCCUACUUCCUUGUGCACCCUUGGAACCCUUGUAAGUCAGAGUUCCAUAUUCAUAAAGCACAGGGGGGACUCCAACAUGAUAGAUGCAUGGUACAAAAAAAAUGAACACACAUGAAAGAAGAUGCAUUAGCAGACUGCAAUGCAGUGGUGUUAACUUUCUUUAUGAAUUCCUAAGGCGCUGUUUCGAGAUAUACAGACCAAGGCGUUGUGAUGAUGAGUGAUAGCAGAUGCAUAGAUUUCUUAACUCUUGUGUUUUAGGUGCCACGUGGGCAGGCAGGGCACAUUGUUAAAUUGCUGGCUAUCGGCUUACACCUUGUUCAAAGCAGGCAAGCCGCUCUCCAGCCGGGAGCAGUGUGUUUAUUUGAGAGUCCUGUUCCUGCCAGGCAUGGGGGGGUGACCUUGGGAGUCGCAGAGGGCAGGCAGCAAUGUCUGUCAGGCCACAUGGGCUGGAGUGGCAGGGACAGCUGGGGCAGUCAUCAAGGAAGCGUCUCUUCUGAGCGAGAGCCAAAGAGCAGCCUUCCACCUCUCCAGUUUCAGGGUUUCCAAUCGGGAUAAGGAUGAGCUUUCAGGGCUGUGCUGUCCGAGGGCCCCCAGUCUCAGGUCCCUGGAUUUCAGUCAGGAGCUGAAAGGAUUUGAACAGCUUUCACUGAACUGUAUAUCAUUUUUCUUCUACUGCAUUUUGAUGUAUAUAUUUAUUGAUCUGUUUAUUUACUAUUGUUUCUGCAAGAACUCUCUCUCUCUCUCUCUCUCUCUCUCUCUCUCUCUCUGUAUGUUUUUUGUGGGCUUUAUUUUAAAUCCUUUUCUUUUUUUACCCCAUUUAUUUUUAUACUUUCAAAUCAUGUAUUUGGAGCUAAUGUAGUGCAGAGGUGGUGGUUAUUGCUUGGAAUAUCCCUGAAGCUUGAAGGACCGCGUGCUGGACGCAGCUGAAAGUUUUGAUGCAAACAGAAUUCUGUAUCCCACGAUUACUUUUAUGAGGCGCUUUGGAGUGGAAAUGGGCCAGGACCAAACCAAGCAGCAGAUUGAGAAGGGGCUCCUUCUCUACCAGUCCAACCACACCGACAAGGCGCUCCACAUCUGGCUCAAAGUCCUGGAAAAGACCUCUGACCCCGGAGGGAAGUUCAGGGUCCUGGGCUGUCUGAUCACUGCCCACUCCGAGAUGGGCAAAUACAGGGAUAUGCUCAAGUAUGCGUUGACCCAGAUAGACACGGCCCGUGAGAUGGAGGACCCUGACUACCUGACGGAGGGCUACCUGAACCUGGCGCGCAGCAACGAGAAGCUCUGCGACUUCCAGAAGACCGUCUCCUACUGCAAGACCUGUCUGAACAUGCAGGGCACCACCACCAGCCUGCUGCUCAACGGGCAGGUGUGCCUCAGCAUGGGCAACGCCUUCCUGGGAAUGAGCGUCUUCCAGAAAGCGCUGGAGAACUACGAGAAGGGCCUGCGCUACGCACACAACAACGAUGACAAGAUGCUGGAGUGCAGGGUCUGCUGCAGCCUGGGGAGCUUCUACACCCAGCUCAAGGACUAUGAAAAGGCGCUGUUCUUCCCCUGUAAAGCUGCAGAGCUUGUGAACGACUACGGAAAGGGCUGGAGUUUGAAGUAUCGGGCGAUGAGCCAGUAUCACAUGGCAGUGGCUUACAGGAAGCUGGGGCGCCUACCAGACGCGAUGGACUGCUGCGAGGAAUCAAUGAAGAUCGCCCUACAGCAUGGUGAUCGGCCACUCCAGUCUCUCUGCUUGCUGUGCUUCGCUGACAUACACCGGAACAGAAAUGAUGUGGAGAAAGCAUUCCCUCGCUAUGAGUCUUCCAUGUGUAUAAUGACUGAAGCCGGCAAUCGGCUUGGACAGGUACAAGUCUACCUGGGCGUGGCGAAGUGCUGGCUUACACAGAAGGAGCUGGACAAGGCUCUAGACACAGUUCAGAGGGCACUAGAGUUAGCAGAAGGCUUGGGAAGUAAGCUGUGCAUCCUGAAGGCUCACUGCCUGAAUGAGGGCAUCUUCCGCUCCAAGGAGCAGCAGGCAGAGCUGCGGGAGCAUGUGGUGAAGUUCCACGAGUGCGUGGAGGAGAUGGAGCUGUACUGCGGGAUGUGCGGGGAGUCCAUCGGGGAGAAGAACCACCAGCUGCAGGCGCUGCCCUGCUCACACGUCUUCCACUUAAAAUGCCUACAGUCCAACGGGACACGAGGCUGCCCAAACUGUCGCCGAUCAUCACUGAAACCCGGCUAUGUGUGAGUGGGGGUCGUGCUCCCUGGGCUGCGGACACACGAGACUGAAGGUCCUCUGACUGGGCAGGACUCGGACGCUGGCUCUCGAUUGAACUGGAACAACUGAGCCGUACAGGUAAACAGCCUCCGUGAUGGCAAAAGAGGGUCGUCUUCUUUCCAAGGCAAACAGAGAAUUCAAUUACAAGAUGGAAGCAGAGCAUAAACAACAAGCAGACAGCUGUGACUACGCUGGAAUUACAAAAAACAAAGCUUUACCAUAUGGUCUAGCAGUUGAGAUCACUGUUCAAAGAGGGAUAAAGCUUUGGGACGGCAUGCCGAUGUUGUAUCGUGUAUUUGAUUUUAAUGGUGGGUCGACUCGUUUUGCCGGACAGUGUGAUCUACAGGGGUGGGAGAAACAUGGUUUCUCGGCAUCACAUUCCCAGAUUUUCAUGCCGGAUUGAGUAACACGGAUUUCAUUUCAGAACAGACGCCUUUACUGUAACAUAGCUACAGUAAACAUGCAAACACGCGUUUUACAAAGGAAAGUUGAUGAGAUCGAUCUAUUGGUUUUGUUGUUACAUUUUAUAAAACGUUGCUAAAAAAAAAAAAUUAUCAUUUUGUUCAUUUUAAAUAUUGUUGAUAAUGAACUAUACGGUUUGGGUUAUUUGUGGUACAAGACAACCUCGUACAGUAUGUGGUUUAAAAUAUGAUCAAUAUUUAUUCUGUUAUUUUGUUUUUCAGUUUUUUAUAUUUUCAUAACGUUUAAAAAAGGCAAACCUAUUCUGAAUAAUUAUCGUCUAAAAUACCUUUCUCGCAAUUCAAAGCUGCAUCGUGGUGGCUUAGCAUUCAUGUUAAUAGAUUUUCAUUCUCCGCAUGCAUCCCUUUAUAUUUGAUAUGGUGUUGUAGUCUUUGGCAGCUGACUUGCUUUGAACAGUUAGCCUCUUAACCCCUUCAUGUACACAAGGAAUUGAUCAGCUGUUCAAACAGGAUCUUCUUUAAAUGCAUUUGAGAGACAGAGGCUAUCACGGGGAUCCGGCCUGUCACUAAAUUCUAAACCCUGUUGCGUGCACCUCAUUGCAAAAAUAAGAACGUUAGCAUCGUUUUAUUUGUGGGACACACAUGUCCCUUGUACCUUAAAGGGUUGAAAGAUAGAUAGCACAUGCUUCCCUUCACAAAAAUGUUCCAUUGAAUUUUGGAAAAAAUAUUGUUACACGCAACAGAGAAAAGUGCGUUUGAAAACAAACAUUGGAAUUAUUUAUAGACUUUUUGAUGCCAUGGUAACCACACAUUUAUUUCUCUUUAAAUCGAAUGCCUUUAUGAUGUCAUUCACUAUGUAGCUAAUGAUGUAUCGAUCUACUAUUCCUUUCUAAACCUUCAGGCAUAGUCUAUUUAUCCAUUUAUUUUCUUUUAUUCUUCAAUACUGUACAUUAUCUAAUUUUAUUUUUUCUAAAACCACAAACUUUAGCUCAUCCAUGGUGUGCCUGUUCCUUGUAAAGUGCUAAACUAUUGGUUCAUUUACUUUUGUAUUUCUUAUAUUUGAUAGUUGAUUCUGUAUUCUGUAUAUAAUGAUGUACCUCUCUCUCCUACAGAUUUUAUUAUAUUACGUUAUGCAAAAUAUACCACAUACAAGGUUGCUAUCAUUACAUGACGGAUUUGUUAAGAGUGAAUAUUUGUUUAUUUGCAAUUUCACUUUUAUUUUUACCAAUAUAGUUGCACACUUUACAUGUGCUUUUACAGGUUGCAGUGUCCCUUAAUGUACUGUAUCUACAACCCCUUUAUGUUUACUGUGGACUAAAAUGUCAGCUAAAUUUGCAUCCCUUCUAAAAGCUACAAUCGGUGCAUUUGGAAAUGUACAAAUGUGUCAGACCAGCUAUCAACUUGAAUAAACCUUAACAUUUAAAAAAAGAUUCGAUUCUGCUCAUUGGAGUAUAAAUGUGUGCUGUGCUUAUGUCAUAUCUAAUGUGAUAUAAACAAUAAAUAAAACCAAUCAUGUUUAAAUUCAUCAGAUCUUUUUUUUUUUUUUUAUGGAACCUUGUAGUUAACAGCCAUCACGUUUCUGUGAGCUACAUAAAUAAAAUAGCUGUUUAAUAAAAACGAAUAGAAACAGAGAGAGAGAGAGAGAGAGAGAGAGAGAACCCAAAUGUACACAAAAGAUUUCAUUUCUAAUAUCUCAGAGGGGUUUUAUUUAUACAUACUGUAUAUUGGAGUAAAAUUAACAAACUGCUGAAACAGUCAGGUUGAAUUUAGCCAUCCUUUAAUCACAUCAGGUGAAACAUUUAUUCAAACUGAUCAGGAUGCUGUGUUUACAAUCAGCCUGGCCCCGGAACAAACAUACAAAUCAGCAUUACAAAAGUCAAUAUAAAACAAUAGUCAAUACUUGUGAGCUGCCGUCUCUUAAUAGACAUUUGUCAUCUCUCUGUGCAUUAACCUGCUGCACCACUCUGUCUGUACAGACAAACUUCCUCUCUAAUUGUGGCUUUGUCACACCACUAAACUGUUCAGUUUUAAUCUGCAAUACCCAAAAAUAAACUUUGCAAGCAGAUGUAAACCAAAUGUGAAGCCAGUUUCUGUAAAGUUUUUGGCCUCUUGUCUACCAGAAACCAGAAUGUCACAGGACUACAUAAUAAUGUGCGCAAAAGUAGGUUGACAGACAAGGUCAUCUGUUACAACUUGGCCUCGAUGUGUUUGGAUAAGCCUGCAAAUAUGAAGCUGGUCUCUCAAAGGGUUUCUGAAACACGAGAUGCAACAAGUACAAUGGCAGAUCUACGAAAACAUGAAGGGAAUUUCUUAUUAAUGUUUUAAACUAGUCAUAUUGUGAUUUAAUAAACUUUGUACAACAGAAAGGUACAGUAUCCCAUCACAUUUCAUUCAUGUGGAAAUUAACUAUUAAAAAAAAAAGAUUGCAUCAAAAGCAGGUUUGUUAUUCUGCAUUUUGUUUAACCAGAAUCAAAUAGCCAGGCAUGCUGUAUUAUCUCCCUCAUUCAGCAUCCCGACCCAGCAAAUUAAACUGAAACUGAAUCCUUUUCCCUAACAAAACAAAACAAAAAAAAAAGUUUAUGAAAUUAAAAUAGCUCUGAAGCCUUAGGAAACGGAACAGGGCACAGCAUCAAACAAAAAAAGGAUAAGAACAAACCUAUGCUGUUAACAAUAAUUUUGCAUUCGUAAACCUUAUAAGCAAGCCUUUGCCGUUUUCUUAAUUAUGUGAAUUUUCUUAUUCAGGCAUUACAGGAAGCCCCACAGUUACAUCAA